AUGGAACCGGAUUCACAGUCAGUCGUGGACCCCAACAUGGAGGAGCUGUUCAGCCUUUUCUUGGACGAAGAUAGCGACCCAGAUGUCGGGGGCGGGAACGUGAGCGUGACGCUCCAUAAUAACGACCUGGAGAUUCAGAAGUUACCCACCCCUGGCUUGCGGCCGACCAAACAGCCGUUCCACUACCAGAUCCGCGACACCAGCCACAAGGCCUUCUACCUGCGGGACAACAGCCUGGUGGCCGCGAACCUGCAGGGCGAAAACGCCAGCCAGGAAGAGAAGGUCAGCGUGGUCCCCAACAGAAGGCUGGAGCGCAAGAGGUGUCCCCUGAUCCUGGGCAUCAAAGGCGGAAGCCAGGGCCUGUCUUGUGGAACAGCCGAGCAGCCCCGGCUGCAGCUGGAGGACAUGCACCUCAUUGAGCUCUUCUACAAGGAUGAGGAGGCCAAGCGCUUCACCUUCUUCAAGACCUACAACGGCAGCACGCAUCACUUCGAGGCCGCUGCCUACCCGGGCUGGUUCCUCUGCACCUCAGCCCAGGACAACGAGCCCAUCAGCUUCACCACCCGCCCAGGGGAAGCUGCCAUCACCGACUUCUACUUCCAGCCCAAAUAG